AUGUCAACUGUAGUGUGUCAGAAUCUUGUAUCAUGUUUCGAGCGGUCUCAGCAAACAGAGACAGCAAGCCUGAAGCUGAAAGUGGCGUCGUCUCCAUCGUCAACCACCGUAGAAUUCAGCAUGUUAGGAAGUGAUCAAAUCCCUGAAGUUAAAGAAAAUCUUGAAAUAACUGGUUGGAGUUCUCUUCAAAAUCUCUCUUCCACGAGCACAAAAUCAGCAAAAGAAUAUGAUACCCCAUAUAUUUAUCCCUUUGAAAAAAGGUCGUUGAGUGAAAAAAUAAGCCUGGAAUUAUGUACUGAAAAUUUGGGAAGCGAAACAGGCACUGAUAUUUCUGAUUGCAGCAUUUUCUCAAACAGUUACAGCUCGCUCCAAAAUGCACCAGAAAAGCCAAAGAAGGAAUCAAGAAAUUUCAAUAAAGCAGCAGCAAAUUCUUGUCGCAGUUUUCCCCCGCCGUUGACAACCAUAAGCGGCGGCUCAAAUUCCCUUCAAGUCAGGCGCCACUGUGAAGGCGGCAGGCUUAUAAUCGAAGCGGUGGAGACCCCAUUUAAGCCCACUUAUCUUCAAGCAGAAAGAAGCGAUGGCCGCCUCAGACUCUGCUUUUUCCAAGAAGAAGAAGUAGGAGAAGAAAAUGAAGAAUGUGAGAGUGAGAGUGAGAGUGAAGUAGAAGAUGAAAUGAUUGAAAGGGACGCCAUUGAUGGAGAAAAAAUAGAAAAUUAUGAAAUAGAAUCAGAACAAGAAGAUGAUGAUACGAGACUUGGACAGUCAUGGGGACAGGGUGUCGAUGUUGAAAUGGGAAUGGAGAAAUUUCAAAGGUUGAGUAACUGUAGUAGGUGCAAGGAAAGUGGGCAUGGGAAUAAGGGAUUAUGCAAUUGGAAGCCUCCUUUAUGGGUCGCUAUUUCCUAA